AUGCCGGUGGAGGAAGUUAUUGUGCACAACUUGGGGCGCCUGUUUGGAGGGAUGGAGCUCCUUGGAGUUCAUGCAUUCCGUGUCACACGCAAUGCUGAAUUGGAGCGCCACGAAGAGGAAGCUGAUGAUCUGCUGGACAUGAUUUCAGAUGAGCUGAGGGAAAGGAGGUUUGCACCUUUUGUUCGCUUGGAGGUCGAUGCAAAGAUGCCCAGUGAUCUUGCUGAGUUCCUUGCAGCAGAGCUGGACUUGAACUAUGGCCAGGAUGUGUAUCGAAUGGAGGGGCUGGUUGAGCAGUACGACCUGCUCACAAUUCCGGAUUCUCCCCAUAAGCUGGAAAACAGGCUGAAGUACGCAGCUUGGUCACCAGCCACCCAUCCUCGAUUAAAAUCCACUGGGAAGCGUCAAAAGAAGCACAGCCACAAGAGGGUUGUCUCAUCACUGUCCAAUUACAAAGAAGAUGCACAGAGCAUAUUUUCUGUCCUGAGGGAAGGAGACCUCCUGGUGCACCAUCCGUACCAGGGGUUCACUUCGUCAACACAACGAUUUGUUGAAGAGGCUGCAGAAGAUCCGCAUGUGCUGGCCAUCAAGGCCACCCUCUACAGGACAACGUCCAAGAGCCCGAUCAUCUCAGCACUUCUCAAGGCCAAGGAAAAUGGCAAACACGUGGCUGUGCUGGUUGAGUUGAAGGCCCGCUUUGAUGAAGCAAGGAAUGUUAGUUUUGCCCAGAGACUGGAAGAAGCUGGAUGCAACAUCGCAUAUGGCCUUGUGGGAGUGAAGACCCAUGCAAAGACCACUCUUGUGGUCCGUCGAGAGCGGUCUGCGCCCAAUGGCUUGAGGUGUUACUGCCACAUUGGGACUGGGAACUACAACCCCAAAACAGCCAAAGUCUAUACCGACUUUGGGCUGCUGACAUGCGACCCUGACCUUAGCAGCGAUGUUGUGGACCUUUUCAAGCUUCUUACUGGACUGCACUCCCAGGCAGCCGUUGGAGGAUACAAAAAGCUGGUGGUGGCCAGUGAAUACAUGAGGCAGCAUUUCUACAAACUUAUUGAUAGGGAAAUUGAGAAUGCGUCGAAAGGAAAGCAAGCAGCAAUUUGUGUGAAAGUCAAUGGACUGGACGACCAGGAGACUGUCCUGAAGCUGUACGAGGCAUGCAAGGCUGGUGUGCGUGUGGAUGCUAUUGUUCGAGGCAUCUGCCGGCUACGUCCCAGAGUGCCUGGCGUGAGCGACAACAUGCGUGUGGUUAGCACAGUUGGUCGCUUUCUUGAGCACAGCAGGGUGUUCUGCUUCUACAAUGAUGGGAAACCCCUGUACCUCAUCAGCUCAGCAGAUUGGAGGAAGCGUAACCUGGUGAGCCGCGUUGAAGUCGCAAGCCCAAUUGAAGAUGAGAGGUUGAAAGCGCAGCUCAGAGACAUCCUUGCGCUUUGUCUGUAUGAUACCAAGGACGCCUGGGAAAUGAUGGCUGAUGGAAGGUGGGUGCCGUAUCACUGCGCAAAGUGUUCAUGGCUCCACCUUGCUGUUUGUGGUGUUGCUUCCACACACCCGGGUAUCUGGCAUUGGGAUGUGGCAGUGGACGCUUUUUACAUGGAUUUGACAAGGCAGUUGAUUUGGCAGACACUCCAUGCACAAUGA